AUGCCGGCCGACCGCCUUCUCAACCAGGUCCUUGGCCUAUAUCAGACCGUCCACGACGACGCCCAAACAGACCGCAUCUUUGGCACCACUCUGUCCCUUCUCACCGAGCUGUCAAAUCCUCUCAACUUGUCGCUGCUGACUUCCCAAUUUCUCACCGCGCCUGCGAUAUGGUACCAACAACAUGGGCCCGAUCCACUGCGAACCACUUGUCUGCGCGUCCUAGGCGUGUACAACACCGCGGCCAUCCACGUACAUCGCAACGAGCUCGAGAAUGAAGACAGGAGGCGCGCUGGACUGCCUAUCACUGGGGGCGGCCUGAAGAGCGAGGCGUGGGCUAGAGCGGUGGUCAAGGGAGCCGAUGAGAAAUCGAGCCGGUGGCAGCACUUACUCGUGCUGGCGGGAAUACUGAUGGGCUUUGAGGGAAACGAGAGGCACGGCUUGUCUAGGAGCAUGGUCGGUACACUGGAGCAAGCCGUUGCCACAGCUGCAAAUCUUGCGCUGCGAACACUGUCAAGAGAACCUCCGCUGGCUGCUGCGGCCGUCGUACUCGCACUCAAUUACGCCUUUCCCCUCAUGUCGGAUGGCGCAAGGGCAUCAGUGGACUGCGAUGCGCUGCUUCCUGUGGCAGUACAAGCCCUGGUUGGAGAUCACGGGUACCAAGGUGGCAUGUUCCUGGACUCCAUCGACCAUGAUGUCGGGCAGGCGGGCCAGAAGCUAGACUGGCCGGAGGCGUCUAUGUCCUUCGCAGCCAUCCGCCAGCUCUCCUCGAGGCCAUUGGUGGAGACCGCAGGACCGCUCUCGAAAUUGAUAGCCUUCGCUGUUGAGCAUGCGAGAGAUCAUCGCUUGACUCUGCAGGCCCAGGAUGAGCUCGUCAAUUUUACGGCCAGGCUGCUUGAGCAAUGGCGUCGCAUCAAGCUGUCUAGCAUCGACCAGGCUGACGAAGGUGCAUGUCUAAAGGAAAACAGCUUGGAAGUCACCUGGCCGGCUCUAUGGCGCCUACUUACUUCUGUUCUCUUUGCGGUCGUAGCCAUUCUGCGGGCCGUGACAGCUAGGAGUCUACUCGAUCCUCAUUUGAGAAACGAUGCAAUGGCACCUCUUAUCGCGGCGAAAACAUUACACAUAUACAGGAAUCUGUAUUUCGUUUCGUCACGGGGAAACGACAGUUUCCAAGUCUACGCGUUCUGUUAUAACACCUGCAUCGACAUUCUAGCAAGGUACCGGGAGCCGGCCACGGCAUUUCUGAGAGACACAAUACCGCCAAAUACGGGCACCAUACCCACGCAUGCCUUGGACAAGGUAUUGGACCUCUUUUACCUCAAUACGGCGGAACACCUGCCACUUAAUCUUACACCAGAGGCUUGUGAGGCCCUAAUUAUCCAGCCGGCGAGCAUCUAUCUGUCGCAUUCGAUGCCACUAUCCAGGAGAAUGGUCGAGCUCUUUGAAGCGGCGCACUCGGCAACUCUUUCUGUCCUGUCAUGCCCCCAGAACGGUCCCAUAGCUGUGAAAAUGGCACCUUUUUACGCAGAGACACUCCUAGUGGCCUUCCCAUCCCACAUCUCGCCGCGGCAAUUCAGGCUGGCUUUCAGUACCCUUAUGCAGAUAUUGUCUCCGCCAUUUCCGGUGUCUGCUACAAAUCCAGAACUUGCCGAGACGCUGCUGGAAAUGGUUCGCUUCAGAAUACCCACGGCUGGUCAAAGUUAUCUUGCCCCCGCUCCUGGCCAAGACCAGACGGGACAGGAACCGACAUCUGAACAAAGCGCCCUGGUACUCACCUUGAUAGAUGCCCUGCCCUUCCUACCCUUGCCAAUCGUGGAGGAUUGGAUGACAAUCGUCGGCACCACUCUGCAUGAGAUCCCUGACGCCUCAAUGAGGGAGUCCACGAAGCAGAGGCUCUGGGAGGUCCUGGGUUCCGGCGAGAUGGAUGUUGAGAGGGCGGCAAUCGGCGUCGCCUGGUGGGGUACAAAGGGAGGCCGUGAAUUAGUUCUCUUCGGUCCGACUCAGCAGAGAGGACAAGACAGCUUCUUGAUGAGCGGUGCAAUUGUUGAUGACAAGGGAGCUAGCAGACUAUGA